AUGGCUGAAGAUAUAAGUGUAACGUUUAUUAUACCGAAAGAUUGCCGAUCUGAAAAUGAAUGUUCUGAAGACAUGCAACUUGCCUUUCUCACUUGUGAGCAGCACUGUGGUGGUGGUUUGAAAGCACAAUGGGUGCAUGAGAGCAAAUGGACAAAGUUUGAAGGGCUCACUAAGAGAGAUGUGUUUGUUCUGACAGAGUUUGAGGGAGAGCUCUAUGAGAGGCUGCAGGGCACCAAGUGUUUGUUGGUAGGUCCUCGUUGCUUAUCAUGCUGCCUGACAGAAGGUACUCCCAUACCUUCAGGACCGGAGCCUGUCUACACGAUAGCCAUGAGAGGUCUAACUAUUACUGCUAGUGGAUUGUCUAAGACACAGAAGGAAGAAAUAAAGAGAAAAGUGCAUUGGAUGGGUGGUAUCUACAGUACUGUACUAACAGAUGACACUACACAUUUGAUAUCCGACACAGUGCUCUCUGAUAAGUAUAUUAAGUCAGUUGAAAAAGGGAUCCCUAUAAUGGCAGUAACAUGGAUCCAAGCUGUAUGGGAGGCAUCCCUCCAGCUGAACAUCAGUGCUUCGUCAUCAGAGUUCCUCGGCCACCGUCUGCCACCAUUCACAAACCUUCAGGUCACAACAUCAGGGAUCCCGAAGAAGGAUAAGCAGUUAAUUAUGAAGCUGGUUAAUGAGCAUGGUGGACAGUUCUCAGGGGCGUUCCAGAGUGAGACUACUGAUAUUGUUGUGUUGACCAAGGAAGGUGUAGGCAGUGAAAAAUACAAAGCUGCCCUAGAAUACGGUAAGGCGGUUGUACUACCGUCGUGGGUGAAAGAUUCAGCGGCCAAAGGAGUAGCGUUGCCCCUGGCGAAGUAUAGAGUGGCCGGCGCAUCCACGUCGUCACCUCUCGCUGAAUCUCGGCUACCUGAUAUGAGUUUAAACUUCUCUCGUAUAACCAAUGUGAGGCCGCCGAGCAAUUUUGUAGAUGAGACGCGGUCGGCGGAUGCAACUAUGUUAUCUGGUAAAAUGAAGUUUACACAAGACACGAAGAAGAGUGAUACUUCCAUAGACAAGGAAAUAGUGACGGCGUUCGAAACUUUCGACAUGAAUCUCAUCAAGAAGGCUGGACCUAUCUUCGAUGGAUUCUGUAUCUGGGUGUGCGGUCUGGAGGGCGUCCCCCGCGAGCGCGCGCUGGGCGUGGUGUCCCGCGGCGGCGCCGUGCGGUACGACGCGCCACACCCGCGCCUCACGCACGUGCUGGCGCCGCGCGCCGCCGCGUCCGCCGCGCGCGCCGCCGCGCCCGCCGUGCCACUGCUGUCGCCGCUGUGGCUGCUCAGGAGUGUCGAGGCUGGACGCGCGCUGGAUGAGGCACAGUUCUUAAUAGAAGACAAACCAAGCACGCCAGCGAAGUCCAGCGCUCGCAAGCCCCGCGUAGAGCCCGCGUCGCCUAUGAGCAAACGUAACCUCGCGCUACUACGCCGGGGACCACUAGACCUGCCGCCACCCAUGCCAGAAGUAGAAGAGCCUCAAGAUGAACUUGUUAAUCAUUAUCUUAGCCAACAAAUAGAACCAGAAAGAGAGAAAACUCCAGAGCCAGUUCAUCAGGAGUCGGCUCCACCUGUAGCACUAGUAUGUCAGCCUGACAUCACCGACGAUGUGGCAGAGGAUCCCACUGAGGAGAUCGAACAGAUAUUUAGAGGUAUAAAAAUAGAAGUGCAAGGUUUAGACGAAGAAGCUCUAUGUGAGCUAGGAGCAGAAGUGUCGGCGGCCGGCGGAGUACUGGCGGGGCCGGGCGCCGGGGCCAUGUAUGUACUCGUACCACUCGACUUUGAACUACACGAGUUGGUCACCAAGGACGCUGAGGCCGUCACUGUGUUUUGGAUUAAAGACUGUCUGUCCCAACAAGAGUUGGUCCCGAUCCAGUACUACCACCGGCCCGUCCGCGUCCCGUCGUGGGCGGGCGCGGGCCCGCUGGCCGGGGUCGUCGCCAGCCUCAGCACCUACAGCGGGGUCGAACGAGCAUUCCUUGACGAACUCGCCAAACUGCUGGGUGCUACCACACAACUCCGUUUCUGCCGCCGCAACACAGCCAACGCGCUAGCAUCCACUCAUCUAAUAUGUCCGACCCCCACCGGGGACAAAUACUUGGGGGCAUUGAAGUGGGGACUGCCGGCAGUGAGGGGAGAGUGGCUAUUGGACUGUGCCAGGGAGGGGACGAGGGUCAGUGAGAGGGAGUAUCUUGUCGGAGAUACUAAAGCCCCACCUUCGCCCCAACCAGAAGUAGUAGAAGAAGAACAACAACCAUUAGAACCCGAGCCGGUCCCGGAGCCCGAACAAAUGGAAGUACAAGGGACGGUAACAGACAAGGAGAACGCUAUGUUACCACCUUUAGCCCCCGCCAUACCGCGACGGGGUUCUAUUCCAAGUAGGGACCAGACCCCUAAUAGAAAGGAUGGCGACGAGAUGUCCCCAGCGUCUCGUUACAUAGCGAUGGCUCGACAAGGCCUGCUCGGAUGUGACUCGCAGGAGACGCCCAAACGAGUGGCUGACCUCAAAGAUGAUGCUAGACAAGGUGGUGAAUGCGGAGUUAGGACUCCUCCCUUAGAGGAUGCGCUAUCGACUCCCAACCUGGCCGCGUUGAGUCCCACCACUCGACGUCGGCUGCAAGCUGUACGGAGGGGGGAGAUGCCAUCCGAUCCUAUACGGACUCCUACUGAUCCUUUCGAGAAAAACGCCCAAACUCCGGACAGUGCGUUCGGCGCGGCCCUCCGUCCCGGUUCCGGCCGUAUGUCGCCGGAGGCACGGAAACGACUGUGGAAGUUUGUUGAUGGACUGCCUAGCAAACAGACUGAACCGGCGCCACGGGAUAAACAUACGCCGUUAUCGGAGAUCCGCAAUAGAUUUUUAGCGCAGUUCAACGGAGAUGCGCCUACGCCGCCUUCAGAACAUCCUACUGUAGCACCUCGAAAACUGCAAUUACAGGAACAAUGCGAGACUCCACCUGCGAAAAUGGCGAAAUUAACACAAGACCAGAGUCCAGGCGGUAUAGUAAGUGCGAGUACAAUGUCAGUGGCCCCCCCUCCGGCCGCGUCCCCGUCCCCCCUGCCGGCGGCGGUGGACGCGCAGCUGCAGCGGCUGAGCGCGGCGCUGACUGGCCGCCACAGCUCGCAGCGACCGCGGAGACAUAGAGACUCCACGCCCACUGUACCUGCGCCACUUCCCGACUCAGAGCCGGCACCAGAAUCCCAGCCAAAUACAGUAGGAUGGGACGAUACGACGCCCGCUCAACAAGCCGAGCCUGAACAAGAAGCGGCGCCUGUCAAACGAUUCAUGCUGUCUUCUAAUGUUGAUAAUCGAGAAGAAAUAAUAGCGAUGAUAACCCACCUGGGCGGCGAAGUAUGCGAGGGCGCGGAGCUGGACCCCGAGGCGAGCCACCUGCUAUGCGCGGCGCCGGGCCGCAGCGAGAAGAUGCUCGGCUCCGUGGCCGCCGGCCGCUGGGUGCUGCAUCCGGUCUAUGUCGCCAAGAGCCGCGCGGCGGGACUAUUCUUACCGGAAGAAGAAUAUGAAUGGGGCAAUCCCCUAGCGACCUGUCUCCCUCCCCUGUCGGGCGCGGAGCGUACGCUGUCCCGCGCGGCGCACCGCUGGCGCAGCGCGCGCGCGGCGGGGCGGGCGGGGCCCUUCGCGGGCGUCGUGGCGCUACUGCACGUGCCGCCGCCGCGCAGGAGGCUGCUGGCCAGGCUCGUCACGGCAGGGGACGGACAGGCGCCCGAUGACGAGCCGCCCUACACGAAUGAAAACAUAACAGUUUGCUUCGCCGACAUCAAACGCUAUCCCUUAUCAGACAGAGAUAGUGCGUGGCUGAUAUCUAAGAGAAUACCAGUAUGUGCGCCCGUACUACUUAGCUCAUACCUCACUGAUGACCCACCACCCAAGCCUGAAGACCACUGCCUACCCGACUUUAGGCCCUAA